AUGCUUAAGAUCUUUAGUUUGAUCUGUCUUAAUUCUGCCCUUUAUUCGAGUAGUUUUUUCUUCGGCAAAUUGCCCGAAGCCUAUGCUUUUUUGAAUCCAAUCGUAGAUUUUAUGCCAGUCAUACCUGUGCUCUUUUUUCUCUUAGCUUUUGUUUGGCAAGCUGCUGUAAGUUUUCGAUGA